AUUCCCGAGAUCUCUGCAUCUCCAUGAAGGAUAAAUACACCAUGAAGCUGUACAAUCCAAGUUUUGCUUGUCUGUGUUCAGAGCAAAGCCGGACAAGCAGCUAAACGAAGAUGAAGACCUCUCUUAUCCUCUCGAUCUUCGCGACCAUAGUGCACGCCGCGUUCUUGUCCGCCACCAAUAGUACCACCAUAACAACAACCACAACAUCAUCCACUUCAUACUCUUCGACGCCAACUCCAACCCCCACGAGCUACGCCAUGCAUUGCGGUGGAAGCAUUGCCGACCUCUGCGGUGACGUCUGUUUCUGCUCGAGCCGAGACAUGAACUGCCACGCAGACCCGUCGGCGCGAUGCUACCAGAUGUGUCGCUGUGUGCCUGAAAUUCCGCAGCAGGGGAAGAUCCGUGGGAUACAAGGGAGAUCGAAUCGGUAAUGUCUGAUGGAUUUGGAGACCUGGGCAGGCAGGUGUGUGGGUAUCGUAGAUUAGUAGGGCGGAUCAAUGGCUGGGCCAAGCGCCGCCGAGCUAUUAUAUCACCCAGUAUGAACAUCCCGUUUCGAAAUACAUGUGUUGUUACUAGGUGAUUCAGGCCAC